GGAAGAAGCAGGUCUAUGGCUGGAGGAAGGAACAACACAAUUGUGACAAAAUUUACCCUCCUGGGAUUUUCAGAUCAUCCUCAAAUGAAGAUUUUCCUCUUUGUGUUAUUUCUGGGGAUUUACCUCCUGACACUAGCCUGGAACCUGAGCCUCAUUGCCCUCAUCAGGAUGGAUUCCCACCUCCACACGCCCAUGUACUUCUUCCUCAGUAACCUGUCCUUUCUAGAUACCUGCUAUGUGUCCUCCACAGCCCCCAAGAUGCUCUGGGACAUCAUCACAGGACAGAAAACCAUUUCCUUUGUCGGCUGUGCCACGCAGUACUUCGUCUUCUGUGGAAUGGGGCUGACAGAAUGCUUUCUCUUGGCGGCCAUGGCAUAUGACCGGUACGCUGCAAUCUGCAACCCGUUGCUCUACAUGGCCCUCAUGUCCCACACCCUUUGUUUAAAGAUGGUGGCUGGGGCCUAUGUGGGUGGAUUCCUUAGUUCUUUCAUUGAAACAUACUCUGUCUACCAGCAUGAUUUCUGUGGGCCCAACGUGAUCAACCACUUCUUCUGUGAUCUUCCUCCCAUCCUGGUUCUGUCAUGCUCUGAUACCUUCACCAGUCAGGUUGUGAACUUCAUUGUGGGGGUAGUUGUUGGAGUGUUAUCUAUCCUAGUGAUCCUCAUUUCUUAUAGUUACAUCGUCGCUGCUGUUCUGAAGAUCAGCUCAGCUAAAGGUAGGACCAAGGCCUUCAGCACCUGUGUCUCUCACCUGUCUGCUGUGACCCUCUUCUACGGUUCUGGUUUCUUCAUGUAUAUGCGAUCUAGUUCCAGCUACUCUCUGAAUCAGGACAAGGUGGUGUCCGUAUUCUACGCUCUGCUGAUCCCUAUGAUGAAUCCCAUCAUCUACAGUCUUAGGAACAAGGAGAUUAAAAAGGCCAUGAAGAAAGCUGUGGGAAGGGAUCGAAUGCUUUCCCAUGGGCAUUCAUUUUUCUCACCCUGAGCUGAGUGAAGCUAUGAGCUGAGUCA